AUGGACAGAACCCCGCUCCACCCAAUGGCGUCCCCUCAGUGCGUUCCACGCAGCCCCAGCUCCGCGUCCCGGGCCGCGCCGGCCUUCUCCACCGCCAACUUCGUGCGCUCCCUCCGCAAGGCAGCAUCCUUCGGCUACACGAAGACCGGUGCCGCCGGUGUCGUCGACGCCGUGGGCACAACGCGACGACACGGCGCGGAUGCCGCGGUGAUGAUGUCAUCCCCAUGCAGGUCGUCUCCUCAGCGGGGCUACGCUACGAGGCGGAGGCGGAGCACCGGGGAGCCGGAGGACGUCGGGAGAAGAUCGGUCGUCGUGCCCAGGAAGAUGGCGACUACGCGUAGCAGCAGAGAGGAGGACGCGGCGCACCGGGCGCGCGUGCUCGCCGCGCGGCUCCUGCAGUGGCGGUUCACAAACGCCCGGCUGGAGAAGGCCAUGGCCCGCGUACCUCCGCCGCCCAGUGCUAACAUGUUCUACGUGUGCCUGCGCGUGGCUGAGCUGCGCAACAUCCACGCGGCCAAGAUGAUCGUGGCGCAGCGGUGGCGGCUGAAGGUUAAGCUUGGAAGGAUCCUGCGCACGCAUCAGCUCCCCCUCCUCGGGACAUGGGAGCCCGUCGGGAAGUUGCACGCUGGCGCCGUCCUGGAACUCGGCCGCGUCCUUUCCGCCGCAGCCGCCUCCCUCCCCUUAACCGACGGAGCACAAGUCAGGCUGGAGCUGUUGCACGAAACCAUCCUCGCUUACGUACGCGCCAUGGAUGAGAUCGAAGCCAAUGCCGUCAUGUUCUAUGCUACGGUUCAGGAAGUGAGCCUUCGAGCAGAUUUAAUACAAGCAAGGCCCAAGAUUGACUAG